UUUCACAACUUCACAUAUGUUUUAAAACACACGCGGCUGGUCUUUUUGUUUCAAAACAACUAAACGUGAAAUUAUUUAAUUAAAAUGAGCAGUAGCAGCACAAUUGUGAUGCCCGGCGACCGAAUCGCGGCCAUAGAAGAGGUGGCCAAGAGCAAGCGGGUGAUUCUCGGACCGGGACUGCGGCGACUGGACGAAACCGUGGUGGCCACCAAAGCCGGCCCGCUGCGCCACAAGGAACCGAACACAUUUUGGGUGGACAACUACCAGCGACGAUAUGUGCCGGCACGCGGAGAUCUAGUCGUGGGCAUUGUCAAGGCUAAGGCGGGCGACCAGUUCCGCGUGGACAUCGGAUCGGCGGACAUGGCCUCCAUUUCCUAUCUCUCCUUCGAGUCGGCCACGAAAAAGAACCGCCCGGAUCUCAAUCCCGGAGACCUAAUCUACGCGCGAGUUCUGGUCGCCAGCGCGGAUGUUGAACCGGAACUGGUGUGCGUUAAUUCCAAUGGAAAGCGCGGUAAACUGGGUAUACUCGCCGAUGGAUUCUUCUUCAAGUGCAGCCUAAAUCUGGGCCGAUUGCUGCUCCGAGAAAACUGUCCCGCCCUCGCUGCGCUCAAACGGCAAUUGCCCUACGAGAUUGCUGUGGGCGUAAAUGGUAGAAUCUGGGUGAAGGCCCAGGCCCUGCGAGAAACAGUUGCCCUGGCCAAUUCCAUACUUGCUCUAGAGCAGGCCGGCUAUGCGGAAAUCGACAAGGUCUGUGACAAUCUGGACGGCUUUAUGGAGCAUAGGAUUAGUUUCUAAGUUAACUUACAUUUAUAUAAAAAACUAAAGUUGAAAUGUGA